AUGUCUCAGAACACACCGCCAGUAUCGAUUGAGCGGUCACGGAAUACAUCGGUGCUAGUUGCGAGGAAAACCAUCCCGCUCAUUUCUCCAGCGGUGAAUGAUAUGGCAACGGCGAUGGAUAUGUCGGACACGCCGAGUGGCAUGGAUAUGGGCGAGAUGGACGACUCCCAGAUGCCCCAGAUGUCGAUGACUUUCUUCGUCUCAUCCACGACGUCGCUCUUUUCCAAAGCAUGGACCCCCGCAACCUCGGCCGAAUAUGCCGGCACUUGCAUUUUUCUCAUAGUUCUUGCAGUUGUUAUGCGUUUCAUGCUGGCACUGAAACCAGUUCUUGAGAAGUCAGUAUGGAAUGCGGCCGUCGGACAUAGGGGAGAACUCAUACCUGACGAGGAGGCCAGUUAUCAAAAGGAGGACAUGGCCACUCGAUCGCCUUUCAUACGCGUAUACAGCGAUAUACGAAGGCGUUGGGCUGUCUGGAGAUUCAGGACUAGUCUUAGUAGAGCAUCAUUUGAGUUCGCGCUGGCAACCGUGGGAUAUUUGCUGAUGCUUGCAGUCAUGACGAUGAAUAUCGGUUACUUCUUGGCGGUUCUAGGAGGACUCUUCCUCGGAACUUUCAUAGUUGGAGAUCUGGCGGCGGAUAAUUCAUUGUAUCAGGACCAUCAUUGCUGA